AUGGAUCAACAUGAGAUCGCCGAGGCAGACUUUAAUCCGGGGAGAAAUCCGAAGAAGCGACAAGGUUCUUUCAAGGACUCUGUCACUGUCGCACCAGGGCCUCAUGAAAACCACGGCGUGCUCUCAAAAGCGAGCACGUUGGACAUGGGGGAAAUCAAUACUGAUGACCGCUUCCGGCGGCUUGGAUGGAAGCGACUUGUCGUUCUCCUGAUUGUGGAAGCCGUUGCUCUAGGCACUCUCAGCCUUCCCUCCGCAUUUGCAACCCUAGGAAUGUUUCUUGGCAUUGUGCUAUGUAUCGGGAUCGGCAUGACAGCUAUGUACGCGGCCUUUGUCAUCGGACAAGUCAAACUUAAGUAUCCAGGCAUAAAACACUACGCUGAUAUUGGCCGUCUGUUAUUGGGAAGUUUUGGGUUUUACCUUUUCAGUUUUGGCUUUGUUGUACAGCUUCUUUUGGUCGUCGGGUCACACUGCCUUACCGGGAAAACUGCCAUUGUCGCCAUCACAAGCAGCAACAUUUGCUCCUUGGUCUUUAGCGCCAUCUCAACUAUUGCUCUAAUUCUUCUAGCUAUCCCCCCAUCCUUCUCAGAGGUUGCAAUCCUAGGCUACAUUGACUUCAUUUCAAUCAUUGCAGCGAUUGGAGUUACGAUUAUUGCCACCGGUGUCGACUCCCCUACCAGACACUCGGCAUGGUCAGCAUGGCCGAAAGACGGCACAACCUUCGCCGAGAGUAUGACUGCAAUUAUGAAUAUCGUCUUUGCCUAUGGCUUCGCCGUCACUAUGCCUUCAUUCAUGGACGAACUGCAUACGCCAAAGGACUUUCGCAAAUCCAUUGUGGCUGUUGGUAUCAUUGAAAUUGGCAUCUACACUUUCACGGGUGCUAUCUUAUAUGCUUUUAUUGGCCAAGAUGUGCGAUCGCCAGCUCUACUAUCAGCGAGCCCGACCAUCUCCAAAAUCGCAUUUGGGCUCGCCUUUCCAGUUAUUUUCAUAUCGGGAUCCAUCAACAUUACAGUUAUUUGUCGCUUCAUACACGGACAGACAUUUCAGCACUCGCUACUCCGGCAUAUCAACACAAAGGGAGGCUGGAUAACUUGGCUUCUUCUGGUUUUUACUGUCGCGGUACUCGCCUGGGUUAUUUCUGAAGCCAUUCCCCUUUUCUAUGAAUUAUUAUCAAUCAUCUCCUCUCUCUUUGUUUCAUCCUUUUCGUUUUACGUACCCUCUAUCCUAUGGCUAUUUUUGCUCAAAGAGGGGCGAUGGUAUGAUCGUCAGAACAUUGGAGCCGCAAUCGCCAAUCUCACCGUCUUUCUAGUGGGUAUAAUAAUGUUUGGCUGGGGCACUUAUUCCAGCGUGUCUGAGAUAAAGCGCAAGUUUGAGAGUGGCGAGGCUCAUAGGCCCUUCACCUGUUGA